GUGAACUUCAAAAUCACGAAGUCUGACUGCAUUGAAGCUUAGGACCGCUCUUGAGAUAAAGCGGAAAGGCCAGGGCGAGCGAACUGAUUGCUUCCGUCGGCAGCAACGUUACAGUUGCUUGAGCCCCUCCAAGGCAAACAGCUUGCAUUAGGACUCUUCCUCCAACAUCCAACAUGGCCCACUCAGAGGUCGAAAACACUGCGAUACCAGUUAUCGACAUCUCUAAACCCAGUGAUGAAGUAGCUCGGCAAGUUCUGGAAGCUGCUUCCACACAUGGUUUUCUCUUCAUCCAGAACGAUGGUGUGACCAUCCCACCAAAAGACAUAAAUGACAUGUUCAAGCUUUCCGAAAAGUUCUUCAGUUCAUCAGACGAGCAAAAAGCUGCAUACGCAAUCCACUCAGACAAAGCUGGCGGCACCAACCGCGGCUGGGUCAAGAUGGCCGGCGAAUCUCUUGACCCAGAAGGACAGAAGCAAGGCGACCCUAAAGAAGCUUUCAAUAUCGGUCCUCCACAGCCGCACCUCCAACCCCUCCCCUCUCCUCUCUCAACCUCCUCAUCUCUAAUCCUGCGCUUCCAAAACUCAUGCCACGCGCUCUGCACCUCGAUCCUCUCGCUUCUCGGCACCGCACUCGAGACCCCAGAUCCGUCUUACUUCGCCUCGCGGCACGACCAAACCCUCGGCCCCUCAGGCACGAUCUUCAGGAUGCUGUACUACCCUUCCGCCUCCACUGCUACCAAGGAGGACGACAGGAGCAUCCGCGCAGGCGCACACUCCGACUACGGCUCCCUCACCCUCCUCUUCCGGGUCCCCGGCCAACCUGGUCUGGAACUCUUCUCCCCCAAAAACCAAACCUGGGUCCCUGUGCCCGUCAACCCCUCUCCCUCAACGCUCUCACACCCGCCUAUUCUCGUGAACAUAGGCGAUUUGCUGAGCUUCUGGACCGGCGGGAUGCUGAAGAGUACUGUGCACCGUGUGACAUUUAGUGGGGGCGGGGAGAGGUAUAGUAUGGCUUAUUUCUGCCAUCCGCUUGAUGAUGCAAAGUUGGAGAGAGUGGAGAGUAGGGUGUUGGCGCAGGCGGAUGGGAAGAUGGGGAGGGAGGAGUUGAGGAGUCAACGGAAGAGAUUGGGAUUGAAGGAAGACGAUGAAGAGGUGCUGACGGCGAAGGAGCAUUUGGAUCGGAGGUUGAGGGUCACUUAUGGGCUUUGAUGGAAAUAAUUGGAAGAGAAUUGGGUUGAGAAGAGACGAUUUGAUUGUUUUUGGGAAUCAUGUGGUAUACCCCAACGCCGUUUGUAUGCGGGGAAAUGUAGAGUACUCCGCGCUAUGCUCAUUAUGCUUGAAAUCCAAGUCGUGC